AUGGCGAUGCAACAGACUGCAGCCCGGAAGAAACUAUACAAAGCUGUUACCCGAAAAAAGGCUUCGAGAUGGUCCAGUCGUUUCUCAGUCUGUAAGUCCAAGGUUAAUGCAAGGAGCCGCAACAUCAACAACGAUGUAAUCCCAUAUGCUCGUCUUUACAGUGAGAUCGCUGAGGAAAUGUUCAACAAGAAGCUACUUUUUGGGGAGGAAGCUAUCGAAGCCAUCCAGGCAGCUACUGAAAACAUGAUCAUUCCGCUCAUGCAAGGUGCUGCUCUGAUGUGCAGCCAUGCAGGCCGAACAACUGUGAAGAAGGAGGAUUUUGAAGUGUUCCAGGCUGUGAUUUGCACUAUGAGUUCUCCCGUCGACCGGCUGAAUAAUCCCAUUGUUGUGAGCUCAGAGGAGCAGGUUGAGGGGCAGUGUGUCGUGCAGUAA